AUGUCACCUCCUACCAGUGCCGGCGUCCUCCAGACACACCAACUCAUCGAGAACCAUGGCAUCUUAAUUCGAGAUGAACUAUACGGAGAGGAGCUGGUCCACGAGGCAGUCCUCGUAGAGCUUCUCCAAAGCCCCGAGUUGCAGAGACUGCGAGGCAUCUGCCAGCAUGGCGUCACUGGAUUCUUGGGCCUGACGCCGCAAGUCACACGGCUCGAGCACUCGGUCGGCGCAUUCAUCCUCGUGCGAAGAGUCGGUGCCACGAUCGAAGAACAGGUCGCUGCUCUUCUCCAUGACAUCUCUCACACCACCCUCAGUCACGUCAUCGACCACGCCCUCUCCAAGCCUGGGGAAGGGAGCUAUCACGAGGUCCACAAGACACGGUAUCUUAAGACCACGCGGCUGCCGGACAUCCUCACCAAACAUGGCAUCAACCAGAAUGUUUUCGAAGAAGAACUGUUCCCACUGGUAGAGAUGCCAUCGCCUCAACUGUGUGCCGAUCGCCUGGACUAUGCUUUGCGCGACGCCGUCAGCUUCGGCAAGCUUUCCAUGGAAGACGCUAAGAGGGUUGUAGGCUCGCUAAAGGCGUUUCCCGAUGCUACAGCGACCCGCCGUCUGCUGGUUCUGGACGACCCUCAUGUAGCGCUGCAUCUCUCUCGCGCAUACAUCACUGCCGACAAAGAUAUCUGGUCCAGCCCGGCCCACAUUGACAUGUAUCAGCGUACAGGCCGGGUGAUAGGCGAACUGGUGGCGGCAGGGGCAGUAGACGAUCAGGUGCUGUGGCAGGUGUCCGACGCAGAGUUUUGGGCUCUACUUCGUCAAUUAGCGAAUCCCGAGCAGCUGCGCGCUAUCGAGAGACUGGAGGAGGAGGGCAUUCCAGAGGACAAUGGACUCCAGCUGCCACAAUGCACUAAAAUUCGUACCCUCGAUCCAGACGUUUGGCAGGGUGGAGAGAAGCAACCCGCGCCGUUGUCGAUAGUGCUGCCAACGUGGGGAGCAGAGCGACAGCAGUACAUUCUCAGUCGUAGCCAGCAUCGUUGA